AUGCCACCUCCAAUCUUGCAAUUCGUCGUCGACGGCCUUCGCUUCUCAUGGAGCCAGCUUAACGGCUGUAACCUCACCACCCUGAUCCUCAGAGAUAAUACAAGCAAUGUCAGCCCUUCGUUUCCAGAGCUACUUACCGUCCUCAAGGCAUCGCCGAACCUUCUUGUGCUCGGCUUUCGAGUCUAUCACCAUCCAGAACCCCUUCCUAACACUUCGCGACCACGAAUCACUCUCCUAUCGCUGCAGAAACUGUGCCUCGGAGAAAUCACGGUCGCUUUUGCCGAAGCAUUGUUGAAGCAUAUCUUCGUCCCGAACUUGCGUACUCUGGAAUUUCACCUCAACGGUGACGACUUCGAUCCAUUCAUACGUACGCUCGCCACACCCUACAAGGACUACGGACGUUCCGCAUUGCGGUCGGUACGAGGUUUGCGUAUAGGCGACUUUAACGUUGGGCGUCGGGCCAGGCAGCACAUGUGGCACGAACUUGACAACCUGCGGGUCAUGAUGACCGACUACACGUAUGUCAGCCACCGCGAUUACUUGCCUGAAAUACUUGAAUACACUCGGUCUCCACCAACAUUCAAAGAUAAUCGAGACAAUCCUUCCUCCAUCAUUCUACCGAGCCUUACAACUCUUUUCCUCGACGGGCCAGAUCUCAAAAAACUCAAAGAGCUCAUCGUCGCCCGGAGAGAAGUGGGCUAUCCUAUCCGGAGGGUCCUCAUCCAGGCGCACUCAGUGCAUAUUGAUGAUGCAGAGUCCGCAUGGCUGGCUCACAAUGUUGAUCUCUUCGCGCUUUUUGACAACCGUACGCGACGCUGCAAUUGCAUGGAUCUCACUCUCGAACGCCUUGUGGAGGCCGAUUUGGCCGCGGAGGAGGAAGGAGUUUCGUUCCUAGACGUCCUUUCGAAAACAUACUAG